UGCAUGCAUCGAUGCGUUUGUAGACUGUGAAUUGUCAUACAGUAUAUAGGUAGGUAUCAUUACCAACCACCAAGGGUGGAUAAGAAGGAUAGCUCACAGAACCAAGUAUGAGCAAGAAGGAGGCUAUCAUGGCCGCUGCUCGGUGCUCCUCUUUCCCGGCUCUCUGCGUGGUGGCGGUACUGAUCGGCGGCGCUGGCGCCGCCGACGAAGAAGCAGGGCUCAUCCACCUCCACUUCUACUUCCAUGAGGUCAACGCCGGCACGCCCAACGCCACCGUCGUCAACGUCGCCAGCCUACACAAGAACUCGUCGACGUUCGGGGACCUAAACGUGCUGGACAACGCGCUGAGGGCGGGGCCGGACCCGGCGUCGCGGCUGGUGGGCAGGGCGCAGGGCCUGGCGCUCCACGCGUCGCUGGACGAGUCCGGCGGGCUCACGGCCAUCACCUUCGACUUCUCCGACUACGGCGCGUACAGCGGCAGCACGCUGGCGACGUUGGGCCACAUCGGGGUGUCUGGCCCGGCGGAGCGGAGCAUCGUGGGCGGCACGGGCAAGCUCCGGUUCGCGCGCGGGUACAUGGUCAGCAGCCUUCUUAGCUCCACCGACACCUCCAUCGUCGUCGUCUUCGACAUGUACUUCACCCUGGCCCGCUGAUUUCACGCGCGCGGAACGACUGGAGUACAUUUCGAAGCAAGCUGUUUGAGAGUUGCUGUCAUACACCCCUCUGUUUAAAAAUAAAUGUCUCAAUCUUAAUAUAACUUUAUAUUAAAGCCAGGCCCAAUCCUGAGA